AUGGAUCCGGCUGAUAAGGAGAAAACAGCGUUCACAACUGGAACUGAUUUUUUCCAGUUCACCGUCAUGCCUAUGGGUCUCCGCAAUGCGCCCUCGACCUUCCAACGCCUAAUGCAACUUGUGUUACGCGGAUUGCAUUGGGAAUCUGUGCUCGUCUACUUAGAUGAUGUGAUCGUGUUUGGUCGCUCAUUCGAGGAGAAGCUUGUUCGGUUGCGCGCUGUUUUUGACCGGUUGAGAGCAGCUGGGCUCAAAUUGCGCCCAGAUAAGUGUAACUUUUUCAAAGAGAAAGUUACAUUUCUAGGUCAUGUGAUCUCUCCCACAGGAGUUCUCCCUGACCCAGCGAACAUUGACAAAGUUCGUUCAUGGCCUACUCCUAAGAAUGUUACUGAAUUGCGAGCAUUUCUUGGCCUGUGUUCAUAUUAUCGUCGCUUUGUCAAGAGUUUCGCCCACAUUGCACAACCACUGUACAAUUUGAUUCAGAAAGGGGCACAUUUCUCAUGGUCUGGUGAUUGUGAGCAUGCAUUCCAUACCCUGCGUCAUACUCUGAUCUCACCCCCUCUCAUGUCGUUCCCUGACUUUUCACAACCAUUCACCCUCCACACAGAUGCAUCGAAUUUUGCUGUUGGUGCAGUCCUCACCCAACAACAUGGCAACGACGAGCAUGUCAUUGCAUAUGCCAGUAAGACGCUAACUCCGUCGGAGAGACGUUGGUCUACUUAUGACCGUGAGUUGUGGGCGCUUGUAUGGUCUGUUCGUCAUUUCCGUCACUAUUUAUUGACGUCGAAAUUCACCAUCAUAACUGAUCAUAAGCCCUUGGUUGGUCUGACAAAACUGUCAGUUGGACAUGAUGCUGGUAUCGCCACCUCCCGCCGCAGUAGAUGGGCUCUCGAACUCGACACAUUUGAUUGGAUAAUUGUUCAUCGAGAAGGGGCUAAACAUGCUAAUGCUGAUGCCUUGUCUCGUAUACCAUCUCCAUCUGAGCACCACUGUGUGGCCACUGUAUCUCCUGCUUCAAUUCCCCCUCCUCCCCCUCAUCCGCCAGCACCACCACCUCCUCCGCCUCCCCCUCUACCCUCUACACCCCUCCAUACACAUGCAUCCCCUCAGCUCACUCACCUGGAUCAGCCCCCAAUACCUCCUCUCUUCACGUCUUCUGUAUCCAACCUAUCCUCACUAGGGCCUCAUCAUUCAUCCCAGCCUUCCUCCUCCUCUCCCUUGUCCCCACCAGUAACUACUCUUCAGCCUCCCUCCCCUAUUUCUUCCCCAUCAUCUUCCAGUGAUGAAAAUGCAUUUUAUGCAUCACUACUUGAUAAUGGUCAUCGUUUGCAUCAAGCUCAACAUGCUGACCCUACUCUUCGCCUAGUCAAAUCUUGGACUCGUUCCGGAUUAUUUCCUCCCAGGUCAUCAAUCCCAAGCUGUGAAACUUCUCUUCGUAAGUUUCACAGUGAACGUGAUCGUUUGGAAGUCUGUGAUGGUCUUCUUUGCCGUCGUAAACGCCUCCCUUCUGGAUCUCUCGUCAAACAGGUUGUCAUUCCCCACUCACUCGUCCCUGAUGUUCUAUCUAUUCUCCAUGGUUCCCCUCUCUCGGGUCAUUUUGGUACCGACAAAAUGGUGCUCAAAGCGGACUCUCUUUGUUUCUGGCCUGGAAUGCGUGUUGAUAUAGCAGCUUUCUGCAGUCGCUGUAUCCCAUGCCAGAGGCGGCGUGCCCCUGUCCCUGCCCUUCGUGCCCCCCUCAAACCCAUUUCAGCUAGCAAACCGUUUCAACGCAUUGCUGUUGAUAUAACGGAGCUCCCAAUCACUCCCCGUGGCAACCGUUAUGUGUUAGUUAUCAUGGAUUAUUUCACCAAAUAUGUCAAUCUAUAUCCCAUGGCUAACCAGAAAGCUACGACAGUCGUUGACUGCCUGUUCGAUAAAUUUGUUUGUCAACAUGGCAUUCCUGAAUCUAUUCAUUCGGACCAGGGUCGUCAGUUUUGAAUCUAACAUUGUUGCCGCCUUAUGUAAAAGACUUGAGAUAUCAAAGACCCGUACUACUCCAUACCAUCCUCAGUCAGAUGGUAUGGUUGAGCGCCACAAUCGUACGCUCAAGAAUGAAAUCGGAAAGCGGCUCUCUGGGGCCCUCACUGACUGGGACCUCGUUCUCAAUCAGCACCAACUUGCAUAUAAUACCACGCCCCACUCUACUACUGGAUUUACCCCUUUCUUCCUCGUUCAUGGGCGUGAGGCCCGUUUGCCCCUCACAAUCUUAACAUCAUCCUCCCCUGUACCCUCUUCCCAUACGUCAGAUGACUAUGCUACAGCAGUGCUCAAUCGUCUCCAAUCCGCAUUUCAACAAGCUGAUGCAAAGACAGAAAAGGCACGGGAUCGACAAAAGUUUCAGUAUGACAAGUCUACACGAUUUGUCCCAUAUGAAGUUGGUGAUGUAGUGCUCAUUACUGAUCCUGCUGCAUCCCAUGAUAAGCUAGCUGCUAAGUGGAAAGGCCCGUAUCGUGUCAUGCGAAGAGAUGACGAUGGUAUCCGUUACCAUCUUGCUGACGCUUCGAACCCCAAAUCCCCCCCAUAAGGUGAUUCACUAUAAUCGCCUUAAACCGUAUCUUGCCCCCACCCUGCAGUCAUCUCAUUUGAAUUCUCCACAACCCGCGCCCCGCCACGUCAAUGAACACCCAUCAACCUUGGGUGAUGAUAUAUUGCCCGUCUUUGUCCCAUUAUCUGAUAACCAUGCCAACCAACCCAUCCCUGCCCCCAGCCCUCCCUCUGCUACACAUAUGUCGCCCACACCUUCCCCUUCCCAUGAUGCCCAUGCCCGCAAUCAUGACCCCCGAUGUUGUACUCGAUCAGGUCGCAUUGUCAGGCCCCCUGAUUAUUUUGGUACUCCGAUCCUUUCAGAUUCUGUAUGAUUUUCAGUGAUUGCCUUUUAUUUUUCAUUUCUCUAUGGUUCCAAUAUCCGGUUGUUGCAGUUUGGAUAUUCUAUACUUUUGUAUGUGUAGAUAUAUUUUCUCUUUGUUUUGAUUAGUAUGUUGGUUUAUGUCGCACUUUUGAACUAUGUUUUUCGUAUUUUAUUACAACAUUAUAUGCAUGUGGUUAACUUGGUGUGUGUAUUGUCUCAUAUUGUUGAUGUAGCAUAUCACUAUUCACGAACUUCAAUAAAUUCAGAGUUCGCACUCAGUUGGCAUCUAUGUAAUGUUCCCAUGUGUACAUGUAUUUUACUGUCAGUUUCUGUGCUUUUGGCAUGUUUUCCAAGUACUCAAAAUUUUUAUACUUCUUUCAGGUUUAUGGCUGAUCAAAUUUUAUGCCAUCAUCAAUUUCACUGAAACAUUCUUUUUUUUUAAUUGCUACAACAUCAUAAUCAGUAUGAAAUGUACAUAAUGUAAAUAUGUUGUUUGUAUCUUAUGAUUUUUUUUUUCUGUUAUCAUUUAUGCCACAUUAGUCAUUUCCUGUAAAUUGUCAGUUUAUUCCUUAUCGUUUUAGUUUUUUUAGUAUAGUAUGCUUUAUUCCUUCACUGUAUUUCUCUAUUUCACAUUUCAUGAUAUCUGCUCAUUGUUGGUUCUAACAUGCAUAGUCAAUUUGCAGUUCAAUUUUGUUUGAAUUUAAUAUUAAAUCCACAUUUUGUUUUCAGAUCCUGUACAGUCAAAAUAUAGUUUUGGUUGAUAACGAUAGAUUCUUGGUAUUCAUUUUUUUUUUUUUUUUUUUUUUGUCCCACUCUUCAAGAUAUACAAUACUGCACUGAAUGUUUUUAUUGCCAGUGCUCAACCACUGUCAAGCCAAGGACUCGUUUAGUGAGAAUUCCCUGGUCAGACCUACCGAAAUGGGUGCUUAUGAUGACAUAUGUGUUGCUAAAUUGCAAACCAUAGUCAAUUUUUUUUUAAAAGAUGCAUUUCCCUAUUCACUAGUGCAAAGACAAUAAUACCAGACUUUGUUUCUCUU